AAGUAUUGUAGGUACUGGCUGUGUACCCGAACUUAAGCCGUUACGCAACUCGCACAGCCUCAAGUUACCUCACCUCCUCUGUUCUUUCCGUAUUGGCAACUUCCAUGCUGAUGUGGAUUGGCAUGUAAGUCGCGUUAGCUGGCUUAGGCACCGAAAAAAAUGCAUCCUUUUACAACCAAUUUUGCCGAUGUAGAAUUUGUCCUGCAACGCCCCGCGCGCAACUCUACGCGCAACUCUACUAUUUUCACACUAUGAGUCCACCAGAGAAACGGCGGGGCAAUUCCCAUUCCAUCCGUUCUUCCACCUCGUCACGAAACAGUAUAAUAUCUCCUCCUCCUCGUGCACAGCUUACUCGUGCAGCCUCAACUUCGUCUUCGCCCGGUCCGGAUAACGAGAGUAAUCAAGAUGUCACGAGUUCCGGAACCAAGGAUAAUAUCUCCUCAUUGGCCGCGAAAGAAAAGGAGAGCAUCCUCCUCAAGGAAAAAGAUGACAAGAUCGCCGAAUUGAAACGGGAACUUACAGUGAUGGAAGCCGAGUUCACGCGAGAACUGGAUAGGCUCUCUCAAAAAGAAGGCGAGACGGCUAGCUUCUGGCAAGCGAAACUCGUACGAACCGAAACUGAGCUUCAAUUACUGCGAGCCGAGGUCGAUGUAAGAGAAGCUGAGCGAGCCGAGUUGCGCGAAGGAUGGGACCGUCUGCGAAAGGAGAUCAAGGAACGCGACGACGAAAUACGGUCUUUGAAGGGCCACAUAUCCGGACUCAAACAGUGGGUCAGCACCAAUACGGCCAGAGGCCAUCAGACGAGCGACGAAGAGUUCGGAGACUCUAUGGCGAAGCUCGGGAACGGCUUGCAGAAUUGGGUUAUUGUACACUUUAGGCGAGCGAAGCUUGAUUUCACGCAUGCUGACGAGGCGGCCAUCCGCGAUCUUGCAGAACUUGUUCCUAUGUACGAGCAGGUCGCAGUAUCAGCAAAAGUGCACCUCCUUCAGAACGUGGUAUCCAGCAUCUUAGUGGAGACUGUUUUCGAGUCUUAUUUUGUUGGUCUUCCUGAAGAUCAAACUCGCCAAUUAACCCAAAUAGAGAAUUAUCUUAGGUCGAUUAGCUCAAUCGAAGCUGUGAACCAAUGGCGUGCGACAACACUCACUAUACUCCGAAAGGAGGCCACCCCGCGGAUGCAGGAAGAGAUGACGCUAGUGAUUGAGUCCGUCGUUUCAAGGAUCAAUCACAUUUUAGAUACGAUUACAGAUGCCAGCGCAACGGAAGCACGGGAUAAUGCGCUUCGCGCGCUGGUACAUAACUCGGUUGAGUUAGCACGCUUGUUGGUAGUGCAAAAGGCGACAUUCAAGGUUUACAUGCCCAAGAUCUACCCUCACCAAAGGACCUUGUUUGAAGCAUCUACUAUGGAGGACAUUGGGGCUGAAGACGAAGACAACUUGGCUGGACGUGAAAUAUGCUGUGUAACGUUCCCCGGAAUUAUCAAGACGGGGGAUGAGAACGGCGACCAUCCGCAUUUCAAAAACGUCGUGGCAAAGGCUAGGGUGCUUUGCAAUCCCGAAUGAAGCGGA